GCGUGUCAAUAGAUGGACGCGACGUGCUGAGAAGAGCGCGCAGGGAACGAUUUGGAGUCGCUUGAUACUUAGCGGAUACAUUUGAAUGGGCUCUUAGACUUUGAGAAACGCGAUAAGGACAUCUGGGAAAUACUCCGGGCUACAAGCAACAAAAUAUCAAGUGACAGUGUAAGACACCGGAUAAAGGACAAGACUGAGAUAUUUUUGAAUCAUGCAACACUACGGAGUGAACGGAUACUCUCUCCACGCCAUGAACUCACUGAGCGCCAUGUACAACCUGCAUCAACAGGCGGCGCAACAGGCGCAGCACGCGCCUGACUAUCGGCCGUCCGUUCAUGCGCUCACCCUCGCGGAGAGACUGGCUGAUAUCAUACUUGAGGCUCGCUACGGCUCUCAACAUCGCAAACAACGCCGCAGUCGCACUGCUUUCACGGCCCAGCAACUGGAGGCGUUGGAGAAGACCUUUCAGAAAACGCACUAUCCUGAUGUUGUGAUGCGGGAGCGCCUGGCCAUGUGCACCAACCUACCUGAGGCACGCGUACAGGUAUGGUUCAAGAACCGCCGUGCAAAGUUUCGUAAGAAGCAGCGAAGCCUUCAAAAAGAGCAACUGCAGAAGCAGAAAGAUGUCUCGACCGAUGGGCCCCUAGCAACAAACGAUAAGGACGAUGCCCCUUCCAGCAUAAGUCUUGAGAACCAGCCACCUUCCUCAUCCUCCUCUUCCUCCUCCAUGGAAGCAGAGGCGGCUCCUCACGCACUGGGAUCAGAACUUAGUGUCGAGCUUAAUGUGACAUCAGCAGAGCAGUCAGGCAGCGAGUCGGCAACAGAGGACAACGCAACUGACAAGGAAGAGGAGAUAAAGCAGCACAGAGAAGAUCUGAAGGUUGAGAAAGAACCAACACCUGGAAACCUUUCUCCACUUUGCAAACGUCUCAGCCCCAAACUAGAUUCUCCUCUUGGCUCCCCGGCUAUCUCAUCUUCCUCUAGCGGGGUGACCGGUGGAAUCUCUCAGAGCCACUCAUAUUCCUCAUCACCGCUCAGCCUCUUCCGUCUGCAGGAGCAGUUUCGCCAGCACAUGGCAGCUACCAACAACCUGGUUCAUUAUCCGUCUUUCGACAUGGCGAGCCCAUCGUCUAUACCAUACCUGGGCAUGAAUGUCAACAUGCCAGCACCCCUGGGCUCCCUCCCGUGUCAGUCCUACUAUCAGUCCCUAUCUCACCAUGCACAACAGGUUUGGAACAGCCCUCUGCUGCAGGCCUCUGGAGGCCUUCCUAGCCACAACAGCAAGACCACCAGCAUUGAGAACCUACGCUUGCGGGCGAAGCAGCACGCAGCAUCACUGGGCCUGGACACGCUGCCCAACUGAGCAGGAGACUGAAACCUACCUGAGCAAGGGAACAUCUCUCUACCACUACUAACAUGCCACCUGAACUUCUAAAAUUAGGGCCAAUACUCACAAAAGCAUGGGACUGAGGUUGAGACUAGUAAAAAUCUCAGACUCUUUUAGAGAGCUUGUUGUUUUAAAUCUCAAAUAGACAAUAAAAUGAUGAAGCUCUCUUUUAAUUCAUUAUGAUAUUACAUUUGUCAGCUUUGCAUAAAAGACAGACAGGCCCUGGAUAGAUUUAGAGCUAUUUAUAUGUUUUGGAUGGGCAUAGAUGUUUGAUAUAAGCACUUUUUGGAGAUGAUCUCAGCCAGUUGCAUGCACUAUACACCAGAAUCUGAAAAUAACUUUCUUUUAAUUCAAUUAUCGUGGUUCUCAAAUUACACAUCACACAACUUGUAAAUGUAAAUCUUGCACAACUUAAUAAAUUAAUUAAACCUAACCUGUAUAAUGGUCAGGAUUAAACCACAGUAAAUUGAGGAUGGUUGGGUAAUGAGGAAAUGAUUUCACUGACUACAUAUGCAAAGCUUUUAAUUACAUGUAGCCUCAGGCAGUGGAAGAAAUGCAAUUAUAGACCAUGCAUAUCAUUGGAGAUUGCCAUAUUAACACUCUGAAGAAAACUAGUGCUUAAGUGUAUAUAAAUGUUGCAACUGGAAACAAUCCUGAAUAGUAGUCAAAUGCUGGACAGUCCAAUACAGAAGUUCUCAAGUGGACAGCAAAGCACUUCCAUGUAUGGCAGCUUUUUUCCCCUCUCUGCUCAUUCUUUCCCUCUCAGUGCUGAGCUCUCAUUGUGUUUGUAAAGUAUUUUAAUAUGUACAAUACAAAGUCUAUCUAUAAAUGUUUACUGGUAAGGCAAAUGUAAAAGUUCUAUGUUUUAGAUUGAGAAGAAUUUAAACCUGUGAUGAUUCUGGUAGCUGUCCCUUUGUAAGAUUGUACUGGGUGGGCCGCACAGCCCGCCUGCGUCUCCCCCAGAUUAUUUAACCUAUACAGUCUGGUCGUCUUUGUAACUCUUUCAUUGUCACUGUGAACAUCAAUAUGCAGUCACUCACGACAUCACACAAAGUGGUGAAUUUGUAGCCUAUAUUGGUGGAGAGUGUUCCAGAAGUAUACACAUCUUUCUCUAUGUCAAUAGUAGACUUAAAAACUUGUAAAAAAAAACACUUCAAUAAAACAUUGCUUGGACAUCUUUGUAAAUAUAUGCUGUAUAUUUAU